ACCUUGUUUUUAUAUGAAAACCUACCCCUUUUUAACCCUCUCUGCUCUCUACUCACUCGCAUUCUCUUUCAGGCAAAACGUACAAAUUUCUCUCUCUCGAAUUUCUCUCGACCCCUCCAUUUCACUUUCCCAGCUCCGCCGUAUUUUUCUUCUGAGGGUGUGAAAUGGCAGCUACAUCAGCAACUACGCUAUCAGUUGGCUCAACCACAUCUCUUGGUUGCAAAGGGAGCUCAAUAUCACAAUCAAAAGCCUUUGGUGUGAAAUUCAACUCCAAAAACAACAUUAGGAGUUUCAGUGGUUUGAAGGCUGCGACAACUGUAAGCUGUGAAUCAGAAUCGUCCUUUCUUGGUGAAGAAAGUCUUGCUGCCCUUAAACAAUCUAUUACUCCAAAGGCCCAAAAAGGAAACAGGGGAUAUGUUAGUUGUGUUCAGCCUCAAGCAUCUUACAAAGUGGCUAUUCUUGGAGCAAGUGGUGGUAUUGGCCAACCUUUGGCUCUUUUGGUCAAGAUGUCACCACUAGUUUCAGAGCUGAACCUUUAUGAUAUAGCUAAUGUCAAAGGAGUUGCAGCUGAUCUCAGUCACUGCAACACUCCCUCCCAAGUUUCAGAUUUCACUGGAGCAUCUGAAUUGGCCAACUGCUUGAAAGGUGUAAAUGUGGUGGUCAUACCUGCUGGUGUUCCAAGAAAGCCAGGUAUGACACGUGAUGACCUGUUCAACAUUAACGCAAACAUUGUGAAGACAUUGGUCGAGGCUGUUGCUGAUAACUGCCCUGAUGCAUUUAUCCACAUCAUUAGCAAUCCAGUCAACUCCACAGUGCCAAUUGCAGCAGAGGUAUUGAAGCGAAAGGGUGUUUAUGAUCCGAAAAAACUUUUUGGAGUUACCACCCUAGAUGUAGUUAGGGCAAACACAUUUGUUGCUCAGAAGAAAAACUUGAGGCUUAUAGACGUAGAUGUGCCAGUUGUAGGUGGCCAUGCUGGUAUUACCAUUUUGCCUUUGUUAUCAAAGACAAAACCAUCAACUACUUUCACUGACGAAGAAGUACAGGAGCUAACUGUGAGGAUUCAAAAUGCUGGCACUGAAGUUGUGGAGGCAAAGGCUGGUGCAGGGUCUGCUACACUUUCCAUGGCUUAUGCUGCUGCAAGAUUUGUUGAGUCCUCUCUCCGUGCACUUGAUGGAGAUAGUGAUGUCUAUGAGUGUGCUUUUGUGCAGUCUGACGUAUCAGAGCUUCCAUUCUUUGCUUCAAGGAUUAAAAUAGGAAAGAAUGGGGUUGAGGCUUUGAUUUCAUCUGAGCUUCAAGGAUUGUCUGAGUAUGAACAGAAAGCUCUGGAUGCUUUAAAGCCAGAAUUGAAGUCUAGCAUUGAGAAGGGUACAGGUUUUGUUCAGAAAGAACCUGUAGCUGCUUAGGAUAAUACAAGCUGAAGAAACGAUGACAGGAAUAAAGCAAUUUAGCAAAAUUCACGUUGAUCAACAUAUUCCAGUUUUGCAGUUGAGUUGAAAGGUGCUUCUGUUACGGAGUAACAAACAAUAGGAUGUAGAAUUGUAUCUCCUUUCUGGUAUCGGUAUGUAACUCUCAAGUGACGAUGUUGAGGCACUCUUGUCAUGUUCCUUUUUUUUUUUUUUUGGGUGAAAUCAACUCUUUCUAUCUCUCUUGAAUCUGAGUGUCAUUGUGGGGAUUGUGUGAUGAAAAAUCAUGAAGUACUUCGAUUUAUUCUGAAA